AUGCCACGACGAGCUGCACGUGCUAUAUUAGAAAAAUAUAUUUACAGUACUUUGGCGUCAAAUUCAGGAACAUCAACAAUAACACUAUGUAUAGGUGAAAUAUAUCAAUUAAAUAUAAAAUUAGAAACACUUUUGGAACAACUUAGAUGUACAAUAUCUGAAAUAAAUUUAUCAUCGUCCAGCAAUAGUACUUCAACAUCAUGUGUAUCAUUACAAAAACAACAAGAAAAUCAAUCAAAAGAAAAAAGAAGGCCAUGUUUAAGCUGGAGAAUCAAAAGAAAUGGUGUUGAAGUAUUACCAAUAGCUACUUUUGAAGGACGAGAUCUUAAAACACCUGAUAAGACUGCACACACAACUUUAUCAACCGAGUUUCUACUUAAACAUGUUUUAUCAAUAUAUCCAAGAAAAUCACCAGCAAAUAAGAAACUAUUAAAACCAAAAGUAAUCAAACAUAUAUCGAAACCUUUAAGUGGUUAUUUGCUUUUAAUGGACACAGUUAUGUCUGAUCAAGUAACUUGGCAUAUACCAAUGCCUGUUUUAUUUGAUCAAUAA